GCUGUGUGCUUGCUGUGAAUCUAAAAUUUAACUGUUGUUUUGGCAUGUGUUACAAAAAUGCCUUUAUAGCGGAAUUUUGGAAUUGUCAUGCAAUUUAGUAAUUAUUACUGCAUAAUUUGUAAACAUAUAAUACAAAAUUAUAUAAGUUUUUUGAAAUUUGUUGAUUAUUUUGUGAAAAUUUGCAUAGAAAUAAUAUUACGAUUGUUGGGUUAUGUUUGAGAAAUCCUGUAGUUUGCCAUGAAGUUUGCCGAAAGUUGACAGCUGAGCAGCCCUUUGCGAAUUGUGUUCAGGAAGUUUUUUUUUUACUUUUUCUGAGUUUUUAUAAUGAUGCACGCAUUUUUAAACAAUAUUUCGUAGGAUAAUUGGAAAAAUAAACAAAAAUGGCUCAUCAACAACCGAGAUUCAGCGUCCGUCAGAGGCGUUUUGGCUUGAUGCCUCGUAUACCCUUUGUUCCGCCAAUGCCAGGAAGUCAGAAUCAUAAUCGCUUUCAAGCUCCCCCAGCACAGAAUCCUCCAGUUGAGAAAAGAAAGCUUCCCCCGAGGGCACAGAAUGAGAAUAGAGGUGGGAAGAAAAAGAAGAAUCAGCCUAAUGAAAAGCUGGACAAGAUGCAUAAGGAUUUAAAGGAGAUCCUCAGCAAGGUUCAGAAUGACAAUGGCAUCAUUGCUUUGAUGAAAUAUAUCCAACCAACUCAGCAGGAGACCUACGAGAUUCUGGACAAAGUAACAGAUGAUCUUAGAAGUGUUCUCUUGCGAUGCUUCCCAUACUUUGACAUUCAUCCCUUUGGGUCAGCUGUAACGGGAUUGCUCCUCAAAGAUAGUGACUUAGACUUUUACGUUCGCAUUCCUGAUCAAAUGCUACAGAAUCUGGAGCAAGUCCUGAAGGAUGUUGAAAAGAAUUUAUGGCGAAGCCGCCUUUUUACAAAAAUCAUUAAAAUCCCUCGAGCUAGAGUUCCCCUGCUCAAGUUUCUUCAUACUGGCUGCAAUGUCUAUUGCGAUGUGAACUUCACUAACUCAAUGGGAAUACACAGUAGUGGCUUCAUACAGCACCUCAUUCAAUUUGACUACAGAAUCUACCCUCUAAUGAUGGUAGUUAAAUUCUGGGCCACAACUCAUGAGCUCAGUGGCACUGGGAGAAUCACCAAUUAUUGUUUGGUGAUGAUGGUUAUCUUCUUCCUUCAGACAUUGCCUGUAAAUCCACUUUUGCCACCUGUGGAUGUUUUCCAGCGUCAUGUACCAAUGUUGGAAGUUUGUGGGUGGAAUGUGGCUUUCAAUAGGAAUCUCAAGCAACAGGUGCUGAAUAUGGCUCGUCUGGAGAAGCUUUUGAAAGAGUUCUUUGAAUUUUUGUCCACAUAUGAUUAUGAGAAUUACAUGAUGUGCCCACUUUUUGGGAAAUCUUACAAAAAGGAGGAUUUUUCGCAGGCAGUUGAGCCACCGCCAGAGUUUAAGCUUUACAGGAAGUAUGUGCAGAAUUUUCCUGAAGACACUUUUCCAAAUCUCAAGCCACUUUGUGUCCAAGAUCCCUUUGAGUUGAAAAUGAACAUUGGGGCGAGUUGUAGUCCAAAGCAUUUGAACAAAUUCAUUGCUUGUGCCCAUUUUGCAGCCAGUAUCUUUCGGGAUGCUGAUUUGAAUCAGGAAAAUUUGUCAGAAACCCUUAUGAGGUUGUUCUUUGAGAAUGAAUUGAAAGUUCCAUUGAUGAAAAAUCCACAGAAGGGAACACAAAAUAUUACUCAAUCAAUGCCAGGAAUUGAUGCAAAGAAUCUUUUAACUAUAACUCUGAUGCCUUCGAAAUCUGAGCUGAAAAUGUUGAAGGAAAUUGUUCAGAAGAAUAAUAUCAACACUAUGGAUGCCAUAAAGGAAAUUAAUAAGUAUUGGGUGGAUUCUAUGGGGAAGUUUGUGGUGUUGAUGCUGAAGGAAAUCUACGAAAUGACGAUUUCUGUGGAAAAUCAGGCGGGAAAUAGCAAGAAUUCAUCGGAUUAUCCUAAAGUAUUUCUCAGCAGUACGGAGAUUAAUGUCUGGAGCGGAAGGACAAGUAUUAAAACAGAUCCUGCCCACCUCGUUGAAGCUGAGAUAGCUGAAACAAAUCGAUUGAAGGAGACAAUACAGCCAGCUGAUCCUCUCAAAUUCAGCCUAAUUCUCAACACCAACAGCAUGUACGAAUACCUGCAAGUAUCGUGUAUCGAUCGGCUAAUGGUCAGGAAUAAUCUCAGGGAUUUUCAUAAGCAUUUUGUAGAGAAUGUCCGUUCAUUGGUUAAUGGGUAUCUUCAGAAUGACAGGAUCAAAUCCAACGCGAUGGGCAUCAACUCCAAAGAAGUCUAGAACAAACGCACUUGAAAUACCUGAAAAAAAAAAAUUUGUGAAUUUUCAUUCAUUGACGACAAGGACCUUAUAAUUCAAGUUUUUGACCGUGCUGGACCUUAAACUCUGAACCUUCUUCUUGGUAAGUUAUUGUAAAAUCUCAAAACCUAAAAAUAAUUGCCGGGUUACAAAUUUACCACCAUGAAAUAUGCGGUAUUUUGACGUAAUUAUAUUUUUAAAGAAGAUUAUUUUGAAAUUGAAAUUUCAAAUUACACACUUUAUUUUUUUUACCUAAUGUAAAAAUAGUUUGGAUAUGCUUUAUUUUUUUUGGAUUAAAAAUUAUGCAAAUGUCCUGGAGUUUGGUCAAGAAAA